UCCCACUCACAGGUGCACUGCAGCCAAAGUCUACUCCAUCGAACUGAGGAGCUAACGACUAGAAAAAGCACCCGAUCCGGAUUUAACUAUGGAGACCAUACACCUCGGCCUUUCCCUGCUCCUGUGUUUGGGAGUAUCUUCGGAAACUUUGAAGCGACAAAAAAGAAACUGGAUCAUCGAUUCCUUUAGCAUCGACGAAGGCUACAGCGGCGUCUUCCCCUACGUGCUGGACAGCAUUAAAAUUCAGAACGAAUUGACCUUGUACAAGAUAAGCGGUCAAGGCGUUGAUCGUGACCCCAAGGGCUUGUUGGAAAUCGACAACCACACGGGCCAGAUUACAGUCCACCGCCCCGUCGACUUUGAAGAGCACCAAGUUUUACAGCUGGACUUCCAGGCAAUUGACCGAGAAAGCCACAUCAUAGACACCCAGCUGGGCGUCGAGAUAUUGAUUAUCGACGCCAAUGACAACCCUCCGCUGUUUGAGCGAGACGUUUACCAUUUCAACCUGACGGAGGCAACAUCGCAAGGCACCGAAGAGAUUAAGAUUAUGGCAACGGAUAAAGACAAAAGCAAGAAGUUUAAUUCAUUCGAUUUGCAAAUAGUCUCCGUCCAUCCCGAGCCAUUUGAUCUGGAGUUCGACUUAACACAGCACUUUCAAAUUGGAACCAUUUCCUUUAAAGGGUGUCUGGACCAUGAGAGGGCAGAGAAAUACACCAUUAUAGUGGAGGCCAAAGACCAUGGAGAGCAGAAGCAGCUGUCCAGCUCCUGCAUCGUCAUAAUCCACAUAGAAGAUGGAAAUAACCAUCUCCCUGUGAUAACUGGGCACACAGGUUCAGGGAGAGUGAAAGAAGGUGAGGAAAAUGUUCUCGUUAAUCGUCUGCAAGUUACGGACAAAGACAGCGAAGGUACGGCGGCCUGGAGAGCCGAGUAUCAGAUUCAAGGAGACACGGGCAACAACUUCAGAAUCAGCACCGACCGCGUGACAAACGAAGGACUGCUGUAUCUGAACAAGCCUCUGGACUACGAGGACGGCCCCCUGAAGAACCUGACCAUCAGUGUCGAGAACAAGAUCCCCUACCGCCUGUGUCGGGUGGUGCAUCGCAGCGCCGCCGGUCUCUGGGAAGUGACCGUUGGAGGCGGUGAGACUGAGACCCGCGAGGUGACGGUGACCGUGGAGGACGUCAACGAGCCGCCGGUCUUUGACCCGCCGAAGAAACGGGUCACGCAACGUGAGAACGUAGAGGUCGGAAAGUAUCUGGCCACAUUCACAGCUCGAGACCCUGACGUCGCCGGUGCCAACGCACUUGUUUACAAAAAGAGAGACGAUCCGGCCGAUUGGGUUGCGGUGGACGCCGAGACUGGAAAAAUAACCACCACGAAGCUCAUUGACCGAGAGUCGACCUUUGUGAAAGACAACGUCUACACAGUCACAUUAUGGGCUGUCGACGAUGGUCAGCCUCCAAUGACGGGCACCGCAACCCUGGACAUCGUCAUCACGGACGAGAACGACAACGCACCGUUCCUGGCCCAAAGCGCCGUGGACGUGUGCCAGUCGCAUGGCGUCUCGCUGGCCAACGUCACGGCCGUGGACUUGGACGAAGAGCCCUACGGCGGGCCGUUCAACUUCAGGCUCCAGGACAAAGAGAAGGGCAAGUGGAAGCUUGACCCCGCGCAAGGGUUUUCAGUCAACCUGGUGAAGGAGCCCGCGGUUCACUCGGGAGAUUACGAACUGCUCCUGGAGGUGUCGGACCUUCAGGGCACGAGAGCCACGCACAACCUGCGGGUUACCGUGUGUCGCUGCGGAGACGCCGCGAGGCCAAACUGUCGCGUCCGCAAAGCCGCCAGCUCCUCGUUCGGGGGAGGGGCGCUCGUGGUGGUGCUUUUUGCCACGCUGCUGCUUGCAGGUGUGCUACUUUUGGCUUUUAUGGUGUCGUGUAAGAAAAAGAGCAAAGCCAUCGCCAACGAUGAUACACAUCAAUACCUGAUGAAGAGUAACAUCGAGAAACCGGGAACCGACUGCAAAGUCUGGACAUUAAACCAAGAAUAUAGCCAAUUCCCAGCGAAGCAAUUCAAUAAUUCAACAGCGGUGUCAAAUGCCAAGACAGAGCACGACCUCUCAGCAAAGUUGUCAACUGGAUCAACAAUGGAAGGAAACUUUGUGCGUGCAAGCUCUUUUCUUUCGUCAACGCGAGCCUCGUCAAGAAUGACAAAUCAGCACAGAAACUCCAUGCAUUGGCCCAUGGGAGCAUCAGCAGCCAUGAGCAAUCUGCACAGAAGCUCUAUGCAUAAGACGUGGAUAGGACGCAGUGCGUCUUCAGCAAAUCGAGAGAACGUGACCGACGACGCGAUGCUGCUCAACAUGCUCAACAUGCUCAACAAGACGCUGUCCAACCACGAGGCGGCGGAAGAGGAGCUGGGUGAUUACGCUCCUCGCGUGUACGCCGAGGAGGGAGGCGCGAGCACCGACUCGGAGCUCGACGCCAUCUCCAUCCCGGACGUCUCCUUCGACGCGGACUUGGACGCGGACCAGGCCUCCAAGUUCAAUACUCUGGCCUCCAUCUGCAUGCCUGGAGGACUCUGACAGCCCGGGAUGGACGCGCCACACGCGUCUGUUUUAAAAAAAAAAAAAAGUUAUUAAUCCUAAAUCUUACUUUAAUAUAGGCUAAAAGGUGCGUUUAAAGUAAUCUUUCUAGAGACUCACAGUUAUUCUUCUCUAGAUGCUGUCUGAGAGACUGUCUGAGAAAGUAAGACAAUUAUUUUUUAAAGUCAUGUGACACAAACUUUCCCCCCUUCAAGUCUCUAAUUUAAAACAAGAAAACUGGAAUCAGCCUCAUUUUGGUUAAAAAAAGGAGUAUAUCUUUCACCUUUCUUGACAUUUUCAUUCAUGGUUUUUUGAUGACGGUAUAUUUUCAAAGUCAGAAGAUCAAAGGUUAGGAUAAUGUCCUAAUGUACUCUAAGACGAGGGACUAUUUUCUCGAGAGGUCCCAAAUAGCUCACACAGAAGUAGUUGAAUAUGAA